CCCUCAUCCUCUCUGCCAGCCCCUCUGGACCCCACACAGCACCCCUCCACACCACCAGGAGGAGCAGUAUGUGAGCGAAGCCACUGUUACUAAUGCCUCACUGCCACUGAUUUGCAGAGAUGCCGAAACCAUCACAGAUGUGUGUAACAGCACUGAUCUUCCUGAGGUGGAAAUCAUUAGUUUGCUCGAGGAGCAGUUGCCUCACUAUAAGCUGAGAGCCGACACUAUAUACGGCUAUGACCACGACGACUGGCUCCACACGCCUCUCAUCUCCCCCGACGUCAACCUCGACCUGACCACUGAGCAGAUCGAGGAGACCCUCAAAUAUUUCCUUCUGUGUGCUGAUCGAGUGGGCCAGAUGACUAAGACAUAUAAUGACAUAGAUGCUGUGACACGUCUCCUGGAGGAGAAAGAGCGGGAUUUGGAGUUGGCAGCACGUAUCGGCCAGUCUCUGCUGAAAAAGAACAAGAGCCUCACCGAGAGAAACACCUUCCUGGAGGAGCAGCUGGAACACAUACGAGAAGAGGUGUCUCAGCUGCGUCAUGAUCUCCUGAUGAAGGAUGAGCUCCUGCAGUUCUACACGAGCGCAGCUGAGGAGAGUGAUGGAGAGUCUGCUUCUACCACACCUAUUCACAGAAAUGAUUCAUCCUUCACGCUCCCAAAUUACCUCCCUCUGGAUUCACUGCAGAAGAAACUCAAAGACCUAGAAGAAGAAAACAUCGUGCUGCGGUCAGAGGCAAAUCACUUGGAGACCGAGACCAUCUCAUAUGAAGAAAAGGAACAGCAGCUUGUAAAUGACUGUGUGAAAGAGCUCAGAGAUGCUAACAUACAGAUCUCCACGAUUGCGGAGGAACUAGCCAAGAAAACCGAAGAUGCUUCCCGUCAGCAAGAGGAGAUCACACACCUGCUCUCUCAGAUCGUGGACCUGCAGAAAAAAGCCAAAUCUUAUGCACUUGAAAAUGAAGAGCUCACGCAGCAUCUGGGAGCCGCUAAAGAUGCCCAGAGAGCACUAACAGCAGAGCUGAGAGAGCUGGAGGAUAAAUAUGCCGAGUGUAUGGAGAUGCUUCAUGAAGCUCAGGAGGAGCUGAAGAACUUCAGGAAUAAAACAAUGCCUCUCAGCACGCCACGACGAUUCCAUUCGCUCGGCCUCUUCCCCAUGGACUCUUUAGCUGCUGAAAUUGAAGGCACCAUGAGGAAAGAGAUUCAGAUGUCUGAUCCAGACGUGGAGGAGCAGAGGUUGCAGCCGAAGCGUGUGUUUGAGACGGUGCGUAACAUCAACCAGAGCGUCCGGCAGCGCUCCAUGGGUCCAUCGCCCAUGAACAUCCCAGGCUCCAAUCAGACAUCCAGCAUGAACUCCAGACGCUCCAGCUGUCUGAGCACACCCAGAUCCAGCAUGUACGGUGGAGAUGGCGUGGAGAUGGACAACCGCACUAACAGUUUACUGCUGGAAACACAGUCUCCUCAGGAUGGCUCAAAUGACUCAAACAGAAAGCCUGGCACUCCUGGCACGCCGGGCUCUCAUGACCUGCAGGCGGCACUGCGGCGUCUCUCCCUCCGCAGGGACAAUUACCUGAGCGAGAGACGGUUCUUCGAGGAGGAGAGAGAGCGCAAACUCAACGCUCUUGCCGAAGACAAAAACCAGUUCUACGAGGACAGCGAAGACGGCGGCGGUCCUCUCACUCCAGCCGACAGCAUCAUGUCUCUGGGCCUGAACUCGGUGUUCUCCAUCUACAGCUCACGCUCGUACCUGCCCGAGAAACUCCAGAUCGUCAAACCUCUGGAAGGGUCAGCCACUCUUCACGCGUGGCAGCAGCUGGCUCAGCCUCACCUGGGAGGUCUUCUGGACCCCCGACCGGGCGUCGUGACCAAGGGCUUCCGUCCGCUGGAGCUGGAGCUGGAGGAGGUGUACCAGUUCACAGACCUGGAGGAAGACGAGCCAGGACAGCAUUCCCAAUCCUCCAUCUCUUCCUCCUGCAUCAGCCCUCUACCUUGCUCUCCUGCUGCCAGACGCUCUCGAGCCAAUCCAGAGCAGGAGGACCAGCAGAGCCCUGCGCACGAGGAGGGUUCAUCUGUUCAUUUCCCUGGUAAAUGUAUGUCUCACAGCAGCUCCACGUACACCUUCACCACCUGCAGGAUCCUGCACCCUUCAGAUGAGCUCACCCGAGUCACGCCCAGUGUCUUGUCAGGUCCAUCACUAGCCUCCUGCGUGAUGUCCAGUAGCAGUCUGCGCUCCACCCCGGUGUCCACCCCUUGCACACCUCGCCGCCUCAGCCUGGCCGAGAGUUUCACUAACCUCCGCGACUCAACCAAGACCACCAGUACCUCUCUAGGCCUAGUGCGCCUCCUCCAGGAGAGGGGUAUAUCUGCUGCUGUCUAUAACCCUCUCAGCUGGGACCGUGCUGAUCAAGCUCUUCCAGCAGACUCCUCAACACCACACACUGCCUGCCCAUUUCCCACAGCCCCGGACACUCUCCCUUCCACCCCUCCCAACUCCCCCAGCAAGUCUAAACCCAGCAGUCCUGUGCUCCCUGUAGACUACAGCCCCUCAGAUCCCCCCUACGAAACCUUUCUGGCCUCACGGCCAGCCAGCUCUAUCCUGAAAGAAGUGCGGGAGGCAGACGAAAGGGCUCAAACAGAGACGCAAUGUCAGACUGAGGUCAGCGUGCUGAACCUAAGACUGGUGGACAAGCUGAAGAAGUUUAGCCUUGCUCCCAGAACUUUGACCCCAGGGAUCGGGAGGCCAGGCCUGGGAUUUGGCGCCCAUGCAGUUGUGACUUCUCCCAUUGGGGGACUGCCUGUGCUGAACUCAGGGAUGAGAAGAAACCGCAGUUACCCAGCUAUGGUUGGGGCUAGUAUGGCUAUGAAGGGCCCGGGGCCACCUAGUGAGGACCUGCUGUUGGCUUCUGGGUCACCCAGACAAACUAGCCUCAAGGAAAAGUGAAUGUUGCCUCUCUAUCAUCCCCUUUUGCCUUUUAUUUGAGUGCCUGUUAUUAAAGGGAUAGUUUACUUGACAAUUAAAACAUACUAUUUACCCACCCUCAAGUUUCUUUCAUCUCUUGGACACAAGAAUGUUGGAAACCUAUAACGGUUGACCUCCAUAGUAGGAAAAACAAAUGGAAGUCAACUGGUGUUUCAUCACUCUUUAAAAUAUCUUCUGUUGCGUUCGACAGAAGAAAGAAACUCAUUAGGGUUUGAAGCAAGGAAAGGGGGAGUAAAUAGUGACAGACUUUUCAUUUUUGAGUGAAUCAUCCCUUUAAGAUGAGAUUUGUAUAGAUUAUUUUGUUAUAACAGUUGCUAUAACACCAUCUCUUUUUUGUCUAGCUCUAUCCAUCUGACCAACAUAAACAGUACAGUUUAUUUAGCAUUGCUACAUCACUUGUUUUUGUUGUUAUGUGUAGAAAAUGAACAAUUUGCACUUGCUAGCUGCAAGAAAAUGUAGCAUACAAAGCAGAAAACCCAUGACAAAAAUAAGUUCCCAGUGCUUCUACUCAAGGAUGCGAAGAAAAAUGGGAAUGUGGUCUUCCGGUUUGACAUUUCAAAGUUCGGUUAGUUUCAUGACGCUAGCAAGAGCACUGAUAGCACCUUAAUGCUAAUGGUAGCCCAGACAUUGGUGAACAAUGAAGUCUUGUUAUUUCAUAUUUAUUAUUAGGUCUUAUUUGACACGUUUUAAAUGCCAUAAUUUAGAGCUUUAUAUCAAGCCUCCUAAAAAUCUGCUACAAAUAUCUUCCGUCUAGUCCAGCCAAUCAAAUACUGGCAGUCCAUAACUCAUUCAAAUGGCUUAUUGAUUUGUAAUAUGAUAUUAAGUACAGUAUACUAACAGCUCAAUCAAACGACUCUCCAUAAAGGGUGCUGUUGACAUGAAUUGGGGAUUAUUUGCACAUUAGCACAAACUCUGCUCUGUACGUCCUCAAGAGUCAACCCUCCAGAGAGAAACAGAGACCACUGGGCUGUGAAGGUGCUGCAGGUUUGAACUUGAAACAAUCCUGUUCAUGUUAAGUCAUCUUUUAACAUCCUAUUUGUUGAAGACCAACAUUAUUUAUAAGUGUUUGUGUUGCUGUACAUUGUGGCGGAAUCGCAGUAUCGAAGACUUGCACAACUACACAUUUAAUAGGUCAAAAGAUAUCAGGUUCAAAUGACUGUAUGUCUGCUGUGGUUUUGGAACCUACUGACUGAUAGGAGUCGUGUGUAAAUUGAGUGAAAUAUGUGUUGUAAGCUUUAAAGAUUUCAAGGGUGCAAUAGGAAUAAUUCAUAGUGCCUGAUUUUUGUUUUGUUUUUCACAGACUGUAUCAUAAUGGCUUCGCCCGCCAUCAUACUGUAUGCACUGACAUAAAUACUGUAACUGUGUGUGAUGUAUUGGCCUAACGGUUUUUACCUGACAGUGCAAAUAUUUGAAGGAAAUAUUAUAAAUGAUGCAUUGUCAAGGAAGCACAGCUGAAAGUGCAUGAGUCCUUCUAGAGAAUCGUUUUAGUUGAGGCAAAACGAAUUUGUCAGGCACAAUCGUGUGCGUAUGUUUGUGUGCGUUUAAUCAUAGCAUGACCUUUGUUGAAUGUGUUUCAGAACCACAGAGGUGUCUGCCAUGACUGAACAUUCAUUUCAGCGGUGUGUUUAUUUCAUCAGAUUACUGAAGGGAUGUUUUACUUGUAUAUUGUAAAUGGUAAAUAUGCGAAUAAUUUAAACAUGCUAACUUUUUAUAUAAAAAAGCAAAAAACUAAACUUGAGGAGAGAAAAAAAAACAGAAAAUGGAAACAUUUGACUGGUGAAAAGUGGAGUUUGUGAAAUUUAGAAGCUCCACUUUGCAGAGGAUCAAUAAACCAGUUGCCAUCA